UAAAUAUGCCUCUCUUUCUCUCUCUAAAAUUUCAUCUCAAAACUUAACCGACCCAUUUCUCUUCCUCGAUCUAUAUCUCAUCCAAACAUGGCAUCCGGGUCGAACUCUUUAAUGUGGUUCAGGAAGGGUCUUCGGAUCCACGACAACCCGGCCCUCGAGUACGCUGCCAAAAACUCUAGUCAUGUCUACCCGGUCUUUGUCAUUGACCCACAUUACAUGAAGCCUGACCCAACCGCAUUCUCACCGGGCUCGAAAUUUGCGGGGUUGAACCGUAUCCGGUUCUUACUCGAAAGUUUAACUGAUCUGGAUUGUAGUUUGAAGAAAAUUAGUUCACGUUUGUUGGUACUACAUGGCGACCCUGGCGAUGUUGUGAUUCGUUGUUUGAAAGAGUGGGACAUAAAAAAGCUUUGCUUCGAGUAUGAUACAGAUCCAUAUUAUCAAGCUUUAGACCGUAAAGUUAAGAAUUAUGCUUUGGAUAGUGGCGUAGAGAUAUUCUCUCCAGUGAGUCAUACACUAUUUAAUCCUGCAGAAAUUAUCCAAAAGAAUGGAGGAAAACCGCCAAUGAAUUGCCAAUUGAUUCUGAAAAUUGCUGGCGAACCUCAUUGGUUAUCAUCCUCGCUCUCUACCACAGUCCCUACACUUCCUCCUGUUGGGGAUGUUGGAAGUUGUGAAAUUUCAGAAGUUCCAACAGUUAAACAACUUGGAUAUGAAGACAAUCAAGAGGACGAAACACCUAUAUUUAAAGGUGGUGAAUCUGAAGCGCUGAGGAGACUUAGAGAAUCAAUUAAUGAUAAGGAAUGGGUUGCCAAAUUUGAGAAGCCAAAUGGUGAUCCGUCUGCAUUUUUAAAGCCUGCGACGACAAUGUUAUCACCUUACUUAAAAUUUGGCUGCUUAUCUUCAAGGUAUUUUUACCAAUGCCUCAAAGAAAUUGAAAAAGAGGUCAAACACCAUACCCUUCCGCCAGUUUCUCUUAGUGGACAGCUGUUAUGGAGAGACUUCUUCUACACUGUUGGUUUUGGCACUGUUAAUUUCGACCGAAUGAGGAAUAAUGCAAUUUGCAGACAGAUACCUUGGAAUAACGAUGACGAAUUGCUGGCUGCAUGGAGGGAUGCUCGGACAGGGUUUCCUUGGAUCGAUGCCAUCAUGGUCCAGCUCCGGAAAUGGGGUUGGAUCCACCAUUUGGCUCGCCAUUCUGUUGCUUGCUUUCUAACUCGGGGAGAUCUGUUUGUUCACUGGGAAAAAGGGCGUGAUGUUUUUGAGAGACUCCUCGUGGAUUCAGAUUGGGCGAUUAACAACGGAAACUGGUUAUGGCUAUCAUGCUCAGCAUUUUUCUACCAGUAUCAUCGUAUCUAUUCUCCGAUAACAUUUGGGAAGAAAUAUGAUCCUACUGGUGCAUACAUCAGACACUUUCUUCCUGUCCUAAAAGAUAUGCCCAAAGAGUAUAUUUACGAGCCAUGGACAGCUCCAUUAAGCAUUCAAACAAAAGCAAAUUGUAUCAUAGGAAAAGACUAUCCAAAACCAAUAAUUUCUCAUGAAAUUGCAAGCAAAGAAUGCAAGAACAAGAUAGCUGCAGCGUACAAGCUGUACAAGACGAACAAUGGUCAGGUGAGCGAUGAAGACUUGCAAAAGUUACGGAGACAAAUGGUGGAUAACUUAGACCACAACCAAGGGACCGGAUCUAGAAGACUCAAACAGCAAAAGUUAAUUUGAUGAUCCAUGGCUCAAAUGUUUUGAUUCAAUCAUUUCGGCUUGCUCACAUCAUCCAAACUCACCUAUACCCAUACAUUGGCAUGAACAUCUAAUUUGAUUCAUCAUGAAGUUUUGGCUAUGCAUGCUUAUGCCUUAAAAGUUUGUAUGCAUACUUGUAUUGGGACUAGACUAACUAGUGAUUUUAGAAUCUAAUGUUUCUGAAUCAAUUGACAAAUUGUUUACCAUAUUUUUUAAAUUAUAACUUAUACUAUCUAUAUCUUCUUUAUCUUUAAACUCA